CAAAAAAAUCCGUCCUAGGCGAAAAGGGGACCAGCACCAUCACGACGAGAAGCGAAGCGAGACUGCAGCAACGCAACAACUCAGACAUACCACCAGCAACCAUGUCGUCAACUCAGAGCGUGCAAUGCUUCGGCAAGAAGAAGACGGCCACUGCCGUCGCCCACUGCAAGGCUGGCCGUGGUCUCGUCAAGGUCAACGGCCGACCUCUGUCUCUGGUCCAGCCUGAGAUCCUCCGCUUCAAGGUCUACGAGCCCCUCCUGGUUGUCGGCCUCGACAAGUUCGCCAACGUCGACAUCCGCGUCCGCGUCACCGGUGGUGGUCACACUUCUCAGAUCUACGCCAUCCGCCAGGCCAUCGCCAAGUCCCUCAUCGCCUACUACCAGAAGUACGUCGACGAGCACUCCAAGAACCUGCUGAAGCAGGCCCUCGUCCAGUUCGACCGCACCCUGCUGGUCGCCGACAACCGCCGCUGCGAGCCCAAGAAGUUUGGUGGUCCCGGUGCUCGUGCCAGGUACCAGAAGUCUUACCGAUAAACGGUUGUCUGGUGGCGUUUUUGGCGCUGUUGGGAGUUGGCAACGGGGGAGAAGCGAGGAGGAACAAAGAAGAAAUGGUCGAGAGAAGCAUCUUGCGCUGCUGUUCCUUUUGCAGCUUUCAGGAUGUGGAAUACAAAAGGGGCCGGAGUCGCAUAUCCCCUGGCACGGGGAUAGGUUUCCCACUGGCAUUUGCAUGGCCUUGCUUUGGGCGGAUUGUAACGGGUCUGGCAGGC